AUGCUCUCCAAACUCGCUCGUCUGCAGGCUGUGGUGGGGCUCUGUCGGGGCGCUCACACAUCGGCGGCCUCUGCUACGUCGGUGGCGGCUAAGAAAACGGUCCAAGGCCCUCUGUCCUCCGAUUAUGUGUUUGAACGCGAAUCCAAGUAUGGCGCUCACAACUACCACCCCUUACCUGUCGCCCUGGAGCGAGGGAAAGGGAUCUACCUGUGGGACGUGGAAGGCAGGAAGUACUUCGAUUUCCUGAGUGCGUACAGCGCCGUCAACCAAGGCCAUUGCCACCCCAAGAUCGUGGAGGCGCUGAAGAGCCAGGCGGAGCGGCUGACGCUGACAUCGCGGGCCUUCUACAACAGCGUGCUGGGCGAGUACGAGGAGUACGUGACCAAGCUCUUCAACUACCACAAGGUCCUGCCCAUGAACACCGGUGUGGAGGCCGGAGAGACGGCUUGCAAGCUGGCGCGGCGGUGGGGCUACACCGUGAAGGGCAUUCCCAAGUACAAAGCCAAGAUCCUGUUCGCAGCUGGGAACUUCUGGGGCAGGACUUUGUCCGCCAUCUCCAGCUCCACAGACCCCAGCAGCUACGACGGCUUCGGCCCCUUCAUGCCAGGGUUCGAGAUCAUUCCCUACAACGACCUGCCCGCUCUUGAGCGCGCUCUUCAGGACCCAAACGUGGCAGCGUUCAUGGUGGAACCCAUCCAGGGCGAGGCGGGCGUCAUUGUCCCCGACCCAGGCUACCUGGUGGGCGUGCGUGAGCUCUGCACCAGGCACCAGGUGCUGUUUAUCGCCGAUGAGAUACAGACGGGACUGGCCAGGACGGGGAGAUGGCUGGCGGUCGACCAUGAAAACGUCAGGCCUGACCUUGUCCUCCUGGGCAAGGCCCUUUCCGGGGGCUUGUACCCGGUGUCUGCGGUGCUGUGUGACGACGAGAUCAUGCUGACCAUCAAGCCCGGCGAGCACGGCUCCACGUACGGGGGCAACCCUCUGGGCAGCCGCGUGGCCAUCGCCGCCCUCGAGGUUCUGGAGGAGGAGAACCUGGCGGAGAACGCGGACCGCAUGGGCGCCCUCCUGCGGAACGAGCUCAUGAAGCUGCCCUCGGACAUCGUGACGGCCGUGCGUGGGAAGGGGCUGCUGAACGCCAUCGUCAUCCGGGAGACCAAAGAUUACGACGCUUGGAAGGUGUGUCUGCGCCUCCGCGAUAAUGGACUUCUGGCCAAGCCCACCCACGGCGACAUCAUCAGGUUCGCGCCCCCGCUGGUGAUCAAGGAGGACGAGGUCCAGGAGGCCGUGGAGAUCAUCAACAAGACCAUCCUGUCCUUCUGAGGGGCCCCUGCUUUCUUAGGGGCCAGCUUCCCCGGGGGCGGAGCCAGCUGGGCUGGCAGCUGUGCCACAUCCUCAGAGCCUCAGCGCUGCUCUCAGCGCGGGCACAUUCCACUCCCGUGUCUCCAAGGACCUUUUCAAAUAGACGUUCUUUUUAGCUCACGCACUAGCAGGGCAUUUAUGGCCACGCUGGCUGCUGUGUAAGAAGGCGAUGGCGACUGUGAUCAUGGCUGUGUGUGCUGAGUGAAAUGCUCCCUCUGUAUAUAGGCGGCCUUUUCGUCAAGCCCGUGUGGUUCUGCAGGUUUUAUCAGUUCCGUGCUGGUGUGGAUGUACUAUAUUUAAAAAAGUUGUAUGUCGUUUUUCAUAGAAGACUGCUUUAACCUUUAAAGUUGAAUCAUAAUCACUGAGUUUUAGGAGGGCUUAAAUGGUUAAGCUUAUAUAAGGUACAAGGUUUAAAUAAACUUGACAUUAGCCAACACCAAGACGUGUCAUUAUUUUGAAUGAAGAAUUAAUCUUCAACAUUCCCAAAUUACGUUUUCAGUGUUGGUAUAAUUUGUAAAAAAUACUCAUUUUCAGUUUUUCUUUACACUUAAAGCUGAUAUUUAAGACG